UCCACCGAGCUUUAACCAGGUUCACACCGGACCACGAACACUGACAUUUGGGAUGUCCCUUCGUUUGUCACCUGUUCCCAGGACAACAGGCUCCUCUUCUCUGCAGGCUCCCUCUCGGCGAACCGCACGUCCACGACCCCCGGCAGGUUCUCUGACACAACACGGACAGAGCAGUGAGAUCAUGAGUGCACAUCACAUGCGCAUCAACACACAGCGACGUGUUAGCUAGCUGGUGUGGACGCAGGGGAUACACACCGAGGAUUCGAGUGAUGCCGAGCGUCAGUCUCUCGGCGACACCUUUAAACGCCAGGUUUGCUUUUCCCUCUUCCAUUAGGAGAACAGUGUGAGCAGCAGCUGGGGAUACAAGUGACAAUAUCCGCCCCGGGUCGGUCUCCUCGCUGCUGCUCCAUCAGCUGACAACACUUUACUUUCACCUUCCCCAAACAGGAGCCGACCCGCCCUCAAGGUGCCUCUCAUUGGCUUAUCCUGAUACACUUCCCCCCUUUUAACCAAUCAUCAGCCUCGCUGUAGUAACAGCCAAUCAGAGUCAGCAUAGGGGCGGGACUUUACGCGCCUCGGUUGGGGAAACAAGUCAGAUUUGACACAUAACCGACAUGUGUCCGAGCCAAUAGAAAGUCGCCUUUGUGCAGCAGAACCAAUUGGCUCUUGAGUUGAAGCAGGAGAGGCGGGACCGGGAGUCCUUAGCAACGCGCUUGGCUCUCAGGGAGCGGUGGCGGUUGAUUCAACAUGGCGGCAGGAGCAACAAGAGGUGGAAGUUCGGGGAUAUUUUGGAUGAAUGACGUGUCAGAUGACGAGCAUCCAUUUGCUUUUGUUCCCGGACUGGAUGGAGAAGUGAUCCCUCGAACCCCCUUCAGCCUGGGACCAGACAGCACCGGCUCAUUCAGUAGAGGGGCCACAAAGAUGCGGGUUGCAGCCAGACGUAGCUCUGGUUCUAAGAGGGGUGGCAAAAAAAAGGGCUACUUACAAAGCGAUCGCUCCGGGGCUUAUGCUAAGGAAAAAGUGUCAGUCCAACAAAGUGCUGGCCUUUCAACAGAGCACACACCUUCCCUGGCAUCUGAUGCUUCUCUCCCCCCACCACAGGUUAUUUCUGCGCCCAGCAGAGGAAGCAGCCAGGUCUGCCUGAAGGACCUCUGUUCUGAAGAUAAGCGGCGAAUUGCAAACCUCAUUGAAGAACUAGCCAGAGUGAGCGAGGAGAAAGAAGAGUCAGUGAAGCGUCUGAAAGAUGAGCAGGGACAUUUUGAACAGAAAAUCCACAAACUGGAGCAACAUAACGUGGUCAUUGCAGAGGAGAGGGAGAGCCUGCAGCAUCAGUACAGAGAGUGCCAGGAGCUGCUUGGUCUCUAUCAAACCUACCUUUCUCAGCAACAGGCGAAGCUCAACGAGUCCAUCGCCCAGCUCAGCCAGGCACCAGCCCACAACAAGGUGCUCAGCAGUGAUGCAGCCACCAGCAAAGCUAAUGGUUCCCUCUUUGAUGGCUCAUACCUCGGCCUCGCUGCUGCCCGAGCACGACAGCCUCAAGAGCACAGGAGUGGGAAUAGAGGUAGAGGAGAGGCACAGACAUCGAGCAACCCUGCCUCCCUUUCCAGUGCGAGUGAGCGGAGUCCAAAUGAUGGGCCAAUAAAUAUGCACAGGAUAUGCAAAAAGGAGUGCAGGCAGCCACACAUGGAGUCCUGCUACAGAUGUGAGCGCUGCCAAGCCAGUGGUCAAGACAGUGGCUACGGAACACAGCAACGGAGACGUGAUAAUAGCUCUCGUCUAGAGAAUGGGCAACAUGACGCCUUGAAUCCACAUGAUUGUGAAAGGUUGCAUAGUGGGACUGCUGUGGGCUCAGAGGCCAAAGAAGCCCUGACCAGGCCUCUGCUGGGUCAUGAGGACUGGGAGGAAAAGAGGCACCAGCUGCUGCUGCAGAAAAUGCAGUUGGAGAUGGAGAGAGAGAAGCUGCAGGCACGGCUGGAGGAGCAGGAAGAGAGGCUCAACAGACAGAAUCAGCAGCUCCAGCAGUCGCGUCUCGAUUACAGCAGGUUUCAACAAGCUGCUCAAGCUGAGCUCAGCAGCUCAAACACUGGGACUGGAGAUCCUCAGCUGGAGGGCCCCUCCCGCCAAGAUUUACCCUCCAGUGUGCGUGGGGAUGCAGAGGUACAUCGUGCCGAACAGAACCUGCAUGGAAAAUGCUCACAACCGGCACCUGCCCUGGUAGAUAACGGUAUGCAGACACAUGAGCCCCCAGAGCCGUCCAGAAGGGACAUGGGCACUACAAAGUCCCCUGCAAGCCUGAGCAAGCCCAUAUCAGUCUCUGCCCUCCAUACGAACCCUGAGGCCAGGUUGGAUUUUUCUCUGGUUGAGUUAUUGGAUAUCAUUAGUCCAGUCUCUGCCCCUGAGCCCAACAAGCCGUCCAAUCGAGGGACCAAAAUGACACAACAUAGGCCGACCCCUGCUACCCCCAAACCAAUGGGCAGAACCCUGCUUACCCCUGCUACGCCUCAUCCUCAAAGCACCCAGCAGGACCUGGAGGAAAGCCAAAUACUGGAGGAUAUUUUCUUCAUUUACUGACAAAGAAGAAAAUGAGAAGCACGACGGACAAGAUUCCAGUCACUUGACAUUUGCCUGUUUGGUAUUAACUUUUGAAACUGUCUUUUACUUUUACAAUCACAUUAGAAAUCAGAAUGAUCAAGAUUGAGCUUGUGUUAUGUUGUAAUUUUGAAUAAAAGUAAACGCAUAUUUAUUAAGAAUUG